UGAAAGCAUAAUUCUUUUAUCAUUGCAUUUGAAACACUUAUCGUAUGAUAAUAAAAUGAUCAUUCUCAUGUUUUCUAUUUUAAUUCCUAAAAUUAAAUGGUACGUUACGUAAUUCAAAUGCAACGCCAUCUCGUGGACGUACAAUGUUAACAAAAAAUAUGCUAACCUAGUGAAAUACCCUGACUCGUCGCUAGAAACUCUUCGUUCGAUAGUAUUUUUUAUGAUUGAGUGAUCAAGAUGGCCGCGAAAACUUUGUAAACGGAAACGUUUAUUUUGAUGACUCGAAGAAAAUUGCAUGCCCCAAUCAUUAAUUUCGAUCAGAGUGAAUCGAAUCGACACCGAAUAAGUUUCAAUUGUCGACAAAUUAAAUAAAUGUAGAUGACAAUGACUGAGGAAACACAACAGUCUGAGACAGCCGCACAAAAUGAGGCACAAACUAGUUCUCCAGAUGUCGGAAAAGCUAAAGAUAAUAAAAAAGAGAAAUGCCGACCUAUGACAAAGGUAGUAAUACGAAGACUUCCUCCAACUAUGACACAAGAUCAGUUCUUAGAGCAAGUCUCUCCUUUACCAGAGAAUGACUAUCUAUAUUUUGUGAAAGCUGACAUGUCAAUGGGACAAUUUGCCUUUUCUCGUGCUUAUAUUAACUUUGCAGAGCAACAAGACAUAUUUAUGUUCAGGGAGAAAUUUGAUAAUUAUGUAUUUGUUGACUCCAAAGGCACAGAAUAUCCAGCAGUGGUAGAAUUUGCACCUUUUCAAAGGUUGCCAAAAAAAAGAGUAGGGAAAAAGAAGGAUUUAAAAUGUGGCACUAUAGAAUCGGAUCCUUAUUAUGUUAGUUUCUUAGAAAGUCUUAAAAAUCAAGAAGCCGAGUCUAAUGUAGCACAGCCAAAAACAGAGUAUUCAUAUCAACCACAGGAUAAUACACCAAAGAAAGUUACUAUCACGCCACUUUUGGAACAUGUAAAACAACUGAAACAGGAGAAACAACGUCUCAGAGACGAGAAACGCGAGGAACGACGGCGAAGAGAUUUAGAAAGGAGACGAAAAAAGGAAGAUCCCAUUAUAUCUAAGGUUUUAAAAAAUCCAGAACUUGAUAAAGAAACAUGUAAAGAUAAUAAAGAAAAUAAAGAGGAAAAAGAUAAACUACCAUCAAAAGAUAUGAAAAAUCGUAUUAAAAAAGAAGAUAAAUUACGUGAAAAAAUAUCUUGGGAUCGAGAUUCCAAACCGAUAACAAAAGCGUAUAGAGAAAGACUUGAAGACAGAAACAAAGACAGAGAAAUAAAACAUCAAAGACGGCACGAUGAUAAAAAAGUAUAUGGAAGACGCGACGAAAGGGAUAAUAUAAAAGACGAUAGAAGGAACGAUGUAAAAGACGAUAGAAAAUGUGAUUUUAAAGAGGAUAUUAAAGAUUUUAGAGAACGAAGAAUUGAAGAAAGACGGGGUAAAAGUUAUGAAAAAAUGAGGCAAGAAAAGAAAAGACUUGCAGAAACGAAAAAACAACAUCUAGAGUUCAAUAUCGAUGCUGAAAGUGGUAUAAAAUUAAAAAAUGAGGAAGAGGAUUCUCAGAGAAAGGAAUCACAAGUUGAUUUAUACGAAAGUAUUAAGGAGAAAGAGGAAUCUAUAAAAAAUAACGAUGAUAUAGACAGUAGUACAAAUAAGGAAAAAGAGGAAACCAACAAAAAAAUAAUGGCAGUGGAAGAGUCUGCACAGGAAACGACAGUACGUCUAAUGACAACUGAAGAAACUAAUAAAUGUACGCAAAAGUCAAAAUCUAACGAACAUAUCAACAAAGAAGGUAACCAGGGGAAUGAUCCCGAGGAGAAGAAAGAUUCAAAAGUCACAAAGAGGCGUAGUUCCCUUGAAAGUGGCGGCGACGGAGGUACGGGAGAUGGAAGUUGUUUAAGACGACAUAAAUCUUUAGACGGCGGCGAUCAAAAUAAUCUUCAAAAGGUUGAAAACGAGGAUAAAGAAAAAGACAAAAAAGAUCCACGAUUGGAACGUAGGAUUAGAAACAAGGAUCGACCCACCAUGGAAAUAUAUCGCCCUGGAAUGGGAAAAUUCAGUAAACAAAGAUUGGAACGAGAAAAAUCUAGCAACGACGAACGAGCAUCUCUUUCCCAAAGUCCUACUCCGAAUCCUAAUACACCCAAUCUUUGUAAAUCGGGAAAAGCUGGAACGGAAGUACGUUCUAUGACGUUUAAACGUAGCGUUAGUCGUGAUUUGGUAUAACAAAUACUAAGUUUUACAACUCCCAUAAAACAUUAGCGAUACAUGCGUCAAACCUGUGUUAACAUACAACAUUUUUACACUAGUCUUUCUCACAGCAUACACUAUCAUACAGUGCAUAAUAAAAUAAAGUAUCCUACUUAAUAUCGUUAAAUUCAUGCAUUCGUAAAUUAUAAAAACUCUGAUUUAAUAUUUUUUACUGAAAAAGUGAUUACAACAUCUGAAGUAACCUACUUCAAAUAAUUAUAUGUAAUUAUACGGUAAGUUUUUGUUCGGACAAUUACAUUAAUUUUUUGUUCGUUCAGCAAUACCAAUAGAUGGAUUAACAUUCGUCAUAAAUUUACGAAUUAAACUAUUAUUUAUUAAAUAUUCCAAAACAUUCAAGUUUGUAGUGAAAAUAGUUCCCAUCGUUUCUCUAAGAUGGCACCAUCGACAUAUUUUAAUAAAUUAUUCUUUAUUUUUUAUAAAUACAUGGUUAAUACAGUGCAUGCUUUAUAACACUACAAUAUAUUAA